GCAAAAGGGUAGUAAUGGUUAUUGAAAGUUUUGUUUUUCUGAUUUUGAUUGCUGGAAUAGUUUUGCCAGCAUCAGCUGAUUCAAACCCAGCAUGUAUGAAACUUCCAAGUGUGAAGGGACUAAAUGGAAAUAGCUCUUGCUGUAAUUUUCCGCCUCUGGCGGAACUGAAAUCCAUGGAAGAAUGCUGGAGCGAGAUUUCUUCUAAAAAAGAGCCUGAAUUGGUUAAGUUAUGUAAACCACUGCAAUGCAUGUUCAAACGAUUCAAGGUGCUGACAGUGAAUGGCACCCUGGACAAAGCUGCAGCCGAAAAGUAUUUGGACAAUCAGCUGAAAAAUCAAACCGAAUGGCUACGGAUCACCAAGUCCAUCCUGCUGGAUCAGUGUUUGCCGAUGGUGGAGAAAAACUACACCCAAAUUGUGCAAUUUUUCAAAACGAACAGAAUGGACAUCCCCGAUCCGGGUCAAUGCUCGCUCAAACCGAUGCUGGUGAGCAUCUGCUUCUCUGCGAUUGCGUUUGCGAAAUGUCCAGUGUCGUCUUCAAGUCAAAGCCCCAUCUGCAGUGAGUGGAAGAAAUACUCAAACAAUUGUACUGAGAACAUGGAGGAUAUCUUACAAACGUUCAAACAGUUGGAUAAAAUGUCUUCUGCCGUUUAGAUUGAUGUGCUGUUUUGUCAUUUUUCGAUCCUAUGAAAAUCUGUGGCAACCUGCUAAAAAGUAUGCAAAGAGUAGGAUGGUUCAUCAUGUUAAUAUAUUUGAGAUUUCAGUUUUUUCAAGAAGCUUAUUUUUCCAACCAAGUGUGUGCAUACUGUGUAUAAAAAGUGACUUCAACUAUUUUUUUUGCAAAAUUAUUCAAUGUGUUUAAAUCAUGUUAAAAAAGUAUUUAUAUCUCUGGAGGGUGAUCUCGAGCAAUCAAAAUAAAUAUUGAAAUCAUUUCAACUGCCAACAUGUAUCAUACUGUACACCAAGAUAUACA